AUUUCGAUUACUUAGUCUUAUCUCCCGGCUCUUUGCAUGCAACUAUAACAAUCUCUCUCUCUCUCUCUCUCUCUCUCUCUCUCUCUCUCUCUUCCAUACUCAAAGAAACGAAGCAGUGAGCACGAACACAGCAAAAGAGAGAUAAGCAGAUCAAGCUCUGGUCUGCUGCAAAAAGAAGGCGGCGACAGAUCUGAGGGCCUGAAUCAGUUACUUCACGCGCGCACCGAGUCCACUCCCCCGAAGGUCCACCGCGCAUCCACUCGACUCGAUGGCGGACCGAGUCCACCCGCACGACUCCCCGCCGGAAUCGCCGCCGUCCCCGACGGAGAACCCUCCUCGGGAGCCGCAGUCGCCGCCGAAGCCGGCGCUCCCGGCCCAAGACAAGCCCGUCCCGCCCCCGCUCACCUACGUCAUCCAACUCCCCAAGGACCAAGUCUACCGCGUCCCGCCCCCGGAGAACGCCAAGCUCUUCCAGCGCUACACUCGCCGGGGCCAGCGCCGCGGGAGCCCCUGCUGCUGCAUCUUCCUCGCCGUCGCCGCCUUCGUCCUCCUCGUCGGCGCCGCCGCCGGCCUCUUCUACCUCAUCCUGAAGCCGGAGCCGCCGAAGUACGCCGUCGAUGGCGUGGCGAUCAGCGGCGUGGACCUGAACACGACCUCCGCAAUGUCGCCGGAGAUCAUCCUCGCCGUCCGGGCGGAGAACCCCAACGACAAGAUCGGGAUUUACUAUCUCGGCGGAAGCUCCGUCAACAUGUACUACGACGCCGUUAGGUUGGCCGGCGGCGCGUUGCCGGCGAUGUACCAGUCGUCGAAGAGCUACACGGUGUUUAACGUGACGUUGACGGGGAGCGACGUCGUACUGACGAGCGAUUCGCUUCGGGAUUUGACGACGGAGCAGAGCCAGGGAAGCGUGCCACUAAAGUUGACGGUGAAGGCGCCCGUGAAGUUCAAGGUCGGCGCCGUGAAGACGUGGAAGAUCACCGUCAAGCUGUCGUGCGACGUGACGGUGGACAAGCUGACGGCGUCAGCGAAGGUUGUGCAGGAGGAUUGCGAUUAUAGUGUGAAUAUAUUUAAAUAAUACGUGGAAAAAAUGGGUUAUAUAUUCGGUAGCCUAUAGAGUUUGUUGAGGACUGAGUCGGUAUAUAAAGUUCGGUAUAAAAUAUAAAAACAUAUAUGUUUAUCUUAUUAUUAUCGGAUGAAAUUUAUGUACACGAGUUACAUCCUUG